UCGCCGAAUCCCUGCGCUCGGCACCCCUAGGGCCUCUCUGGCUCCCACUGCCCCUUAGCGCCCACCGACGGCGAGGCAGGCCGGCCCGGGAUAUGACCUCCGCGCUGACGGACCGCAGCUCUCGGGCCAUGGGCACCUACACCUACACCAGCCGGCCCCGGGCACUGCCCUGCCAGCGCCGCCGUUACCGGGACAGACUGAUGCAGCCAGACGAGGAGCCCCUGCCCUACGGUAACAUCAUGUAUGACAGGAGGGUGGUCCGUGGCAACACAUACGCGCUACAGACAGCAACACUGCCUGGGCAGCCGGAAGCUAUGGAGCUGCAGAGACAGCAGGAGGUCAAGAGGAAAAUCCUUGCCCGAAAACGAGCACAGGAGCAGCUCAGGCCACAAACACCGGAACCCAUCCGAGGCAGAAAGCACGCGGACGUACAGACAGAACUGUACCUUGAAGAAAUCGCUGACCGCAUAGUAGAAGUGGAUAUGGAAUGCCAGACCGAUGCGUUUCUGGACAGACCGCCAACGCCGCUCUUUAUUCCUGCCAAAACUGGCAAAGACGUGGCCACCCAGAUACUAGAAGGAGAGCUCUUUGACUUUGAUCUUGAAGUUAAGCCAAUGUUGGAAGUGUUGGUGGGCAAAACCAUCGAGCAGGCGCUUCUGGAAGUGAUGGAAGAGGAGGAGCUGGCCAACCUGCGCGCUGGGCAGUACGCGUACGAAGAGAUUCGCAAUGUGGAGCUGGCUGAAGUGCAGCGACUGGAAGAGCAAGAGAGACGCCACCGCGAGGAAAAGGAGCGUCGCAAGCAGCAGCAGUGGGAAACCGUGCACAAGCACAACGAGACUGCGCAGAAGAUCUCGGCGCGGGCGUUCGCGCAGCGCUACCUGGCCGACCUGCUGCCCUCGGUCUUCAGCAGCCUCAGGGACGGCGGCUACUUCUACGAUCCCAUCGAAAGAGAUAUCGAGAUCGGGUUUAUCCCAUGGAUAAUGAAUGAAGUUGAGAGGACGAUGGAAUACAGCAUGGUGGGAAGGACAGUGCUGGACAUGCUGAUCCGCGAGGUGGUGGAGAAGAGGCUGCAGAUGUACGAGCAGGAGAUGAGGCCUUCCGUCCAGAAACCCGAGGCCGAGCCGCGCGACCCUGGAGCGAGAGAGCCGCGGGUGGAUUUUGACUUGCAGGAGGCCAAUGCGUCUGAGACCCAGGGGCUGUUUCCCGAGAGAGAGCCAUCCCAAGAAAGGAGGUUUGUGGAAGAUGGAGAGGAAACGCGGAUGAGGAAGUCCUCGGGGAAGGAAGAGCUGCCCCAGCUGCAGGGACCUGAGCCCUAG